CCUAGCUUAGACGUGAUAUAAGUGACAUCUUUGGUAAGGUAGUAUAAAAAAUUUACAAAACAAUCCAUAAAAUUCAUGCGGUAUUAGUAUAACCCGCUUUUCGAAUUAGUUAUUUAACUCGUUUUUUAAAGUGACUUUCAGCAUGAAGUUGGCAAUUUUAUCUUGCCUUGCUGCUUUGUUAUUUAAUGUAGCCGCAGAUGAAGAAAAGGUGAAUCUAUGUGGACCAGAGCUGGCCAGGGCAAGGGUUCUGCUGUGCUUUGGAGCUGAAUAUGUUCUUAAAAGGAGUUCCUCCCACUCAUACGAGCCAAAGGAGUACGAAGAUCAAAAACCAGAGGAACCGACGUGGCUAUGGAGCGGACGGCACGGGGUCCACGCAGCACGAUGGGCCAAGAACAAACGCGGUCUGGUAGAUGAUUGUUGCCUCAACCCUUGUACAACUGACGUCAUACUCAGUUAUUGCUAAACUAAUACAGCAAGGUCACUCAUUUAUUGGGACUAACGUUACCAAUUGUGAAUGUAAUAUAGCUUAACAUUAUAUUGAUGCAUUAUAUAAAGUAAUCUCAACAUAACAAUUAUAAUACAAAUGAUAUUUUAUCUACUAAUAUGUAUAAAAAAUAGGAUAAACAUGUAUCUAUCUUAAAUUGUAUUGUAUAGUAGUCCUAUUAAAACUGGAGGU